AUUUUCAUUUCCACAUUAAAACCCUCCCGCUCUGAUCGCCACUUCCAAAUCCCACAAAAACCCUAAUAAACCUCAGCAGCCAAAGCUACUGAACCAUGUCCGAGGUUGAGGUUUCCCGUUCACAGAAGAAAAAACACAAGAAAAAGAACACCGCCCAAGCCAUGGAAGAACCAGAUACAAAGCCAAAGGACACGAAUGAUGCCGCCGGAGACUUCAUGAUCAAGCCCCAGAGCUUUACUCCGUCAAUUGACACUUCACAGUGGCCUAUUCUUCUUAAAAAUUACGACCGCCUCAAUGUUCGUACUGGCCACUACACUCCUCUUCCUUCUGGUUACUCUCCUCUGAAGCGUCCUCUCGUUGAGUACAUCCGAUAUGGUGUUAUGAAUCUUGAUAAGCCUGCAAACCCAUCUUCGCACGAGGUGGUUGCUUGGAUCAAACGUAUUCUGAGGGUCGAGAAAACAGGGCAUAGUGGUACAUUGGACCCUAAAGUUACAGGUAACUUGAUUGUUUGUAUUGAUAGAGCCACCCGCCUUGUUAAAUCUCAACAGGGUGCGGGUAAGGAAUAUGUUUGUGUAGCAAGAUUACAUGAUAAGGUUCCUGAUGUUGCCAAAGUAGCUAGAGCACUCGAGACUCUUACAGGUGCGGUUUUUCAAAGACCGCCGUUGAUUUCUGCUGUGAAAAGGCAACUUAGGAUUAGGACAAUUUAUGAGAGUAAGUUGUUGGAGUAUGACCCAGAUAGGCAUUUGGUUGUUUUUUGGAUUUCUUGUGAAGCUGGGACUUACGUUAGGACUAUGUGCGUUCAUUUGGGAUUGAUUCUUGGGGUUGGUGGGCAUAUGCAGGAAUUGAGGAGAGUGAGGUCUGGAAUUUUGGGGGAGAGAGAUAAUAUGGUGACCAUGCAUGAUGUGAUGGAUGCCCAAUGGGUUUAUGAUAAUUACAGGGAUGAGAGCUAUUUGAGGAGAGUGAUUAUGCCUCUUGAAGUGCUUUUGACUAGUUAUAAGAGGUUGGUUGUGAAGGAUUCUGCAGUGAAUGCAAUUUGUUAUGGUGCCAAGUUGAUGAUUCCAGGAUUGUUGAGGUUUGAGAAUGAUAUUGAGGUUGGUGAGGAAGUUGUACUGAUGACUACCAAGGGUGAGGCCAUUGCUUUGGGGAUUGCAGAGAUGACUACUGCAGUGAUGGCUACAUGUGAUCAUGGUGUUGUGGCAAAGAUUAAGAGGGUUGUGAUGGAUCGGGAUACUUACCCAAGGAAAUGGGGGUUGGGACCAAGGGCUUCCAUGAAGAAGAAGUUGAUUGCAGAGGGGAAAUUGGAUAAGCAUGGGAAGCCAAAUGGGAAUACUCCUCAAGAAUGGAUGAGGAAUUUGGUUUUGCCCACUGGAGGUGAUUCUAUAGUUGCUAGCCUUGCAGCUGCAGAUGAACCAGCAAAGGAGAUUUCUGCAGUUAAUGAAGAGAGUGGAGAAGUGGAGAAGGAGGAGAAGAAGAAGAAGAAAAGUAAGGAUGGUGAAGAUGGGGAAGGGCGCAAGCGCAAAUUGGAUGAAAGUACUAAUAGUCCUACUGCUCAAGCACCUGCUAAGAAAGUUAAAGUUGUAGAAGUUGAAAAGGAAGAGGCAAUUGUGGUAAAGAAGGUGAAAGAAGGUAGAGUUGAAGAAAGUGAAGAUGAUAAGAAAGAGAAAAAGAAGAAGAAAAAGAAGAGUAAAGAAGAUGGUGAUGUAGAAACUUUAGAGGUAAAGGAGACUGAGAAGGUUGAGAAAAAGGAACACAGUGAUAAAGGUGAAGCUGGUUCACCUGACACAGAGAAGUCUGAGAAGAAAAAGAAGAAGAAGAAGAAAGAGAAAGAGGCUGAGGAGGCUGCAACCAUUGAUGAUGGCAGAAGUAAUGGUGGGGUUGAUAGAAGUGAGAAGAAGGACAAGAAAAAGAAGAAAAAGAAGGACAAAGAUACUGAAGAAGUGUAGACCUCCAUUCAAGGGGUAUUUCUAAAAGGGUGCUUAGAUUAAUUUUAUGGCGCCUGCAAUGAUAAUUUGACUUUCCUAUACCAUCUGCACUUAGAGAGCUAGUGAAUCAUGAUGUGUUUUUUUCUUGGUAAGAGAGGCAUGGCUGCUCUGUUGUGAUACCCGUCAUCCUCUGCUUGUUUGUAGUAAUACUACAAACGUGCUUGGCUCCUGGUCUUCUCCUGAUUUUGCUCGGCAACAAACCUUGAUUUCCUCCAUUAGUGCUCCUCUGUGUUGAUCUCGUGUUUUUUGGCUGUUGGUGCUCUGAAUGGAAGCGGCGACUAAACGAUGGGAGGGGGAUGGCGCAACUUGCUCUUUUGUUGUUUUUUGAGUUCGGUUGCUGGGUCAAGCUUUUUCAGGUCUUAAGGUUUUUAUUCUUCUGUUGGGUUAUAUAAGUUGGGCUCUGGAGCCUGAAUGGUUGUGGCUUGUAUACUUUGUAGAGCUUGAGCCAUUUUCAAACCUAUAAUAAAUUUUAUCCUGGAAAAAAAAAAGAAUCUAAGUGCAUGUUCGUUUCAGCUUAUGAACUUUCUGUUGACCGGCAUGAAUGAGUAUGGUUAACGUUUUAUGGGU